ACCGCUUCUUUGGAUCAAGUCCUGAUCGGGUGAAUCGCAGCCUAUCGUGCUGUGCUGCGUCACGUUCACAUCCCAGACUCAGGGGUUUCUAACCUUCUGGUCUUAAUUCCACCCUGAAGCUCAAAGGAGGAGGGAACGCGGACCGCUGGUCUUGAUAUAUUCGGCAAACCAGGUGUGUACUCCGCUCUGUCAGCCGACAGUCAGAUACCAGACGUAAGGGAAGCCAAGGAACGGGGUCUAGAGAAGGGCCGUGGUGACGAGAAUGACGUACCCUUGACUUGUCUUUCAUCCUCGUUGACCACCACAAGCUCCGAUAUCAACGGCAUCAUCAGCCCGUGAGGAUGCCGUCCGCCGCCGGUUUAACGGCGCUCUUUCAGAUGCUGCUGAUCGGCCUGGUCACAGGGGGGGCGGAGCCUCUCACAGGGCCCCAGCCAAUCAGGGCCCACCAAGAAGAGCUGUCCAAAGUCCGAACUCUUCCAAUCCAGGAGUUAGCCAGACCCCGACGUCAGCUAGUCCAGAAGUUAGUCCUGGCCCAGCCCCAUCUGGUCCACGACAUGAGCCGUCCGGAGGUCCAGGAUACGGCUCGGUCCUCCCAGGCCAAGACCCUCUCCUCCUCUCAGUCCAACACGACGCAGAACAACCCCCUCCGGGGCGUAGCCAGGGCCCCUGCCGCACUGACCACUGCAGAACACACGCUGGACGAAGUGGAGGUGAUGGAGAGGAUGGUCCACCUCCACCCACCCCAUGAGACCCAGGAGCUCCGGGGCACGCCCGACUCCCCCGACCCAGAGACGGAGCCCCGGGCCGGGCCGGGGGCCGCGGACUCCUCCCUGGAGGCGUCGGGACUCUACGGAGGGGACACCGAGGACAGAGAACGAGCAGAGGAAGGAGAGGAGAGGGAGAGGAGAGGAGGAGGCGAGAGAGAGGAGGAGGGCUGGGAGAAAAGGCCUGGGGGGGAAGAGGGGCAAGAUGGAGGUGUUCAGCUCUGGGAGGACCUGGAGGAGAGCAACUACACGCGGCCCGAUCUGGACGCGUUCAUUGGCUACAGUCCAUCUUUCCCCCAGUCCUCCCCCGAGGCCGGCCCUAGGCCAGCUGACCAGUCCCCCCCAGGGAGGCACCACCACCCUGGGCUGGAGGAGAUACCCGCUGCCGUUGUCUCAGAGGUGAUGCCCGUGGCGAGGGGGGAGGGGGAGGGGCAGGCCAGUGGAAACGGAAUCUUCCGCAACUCUGUUACCGUAGCGACACCCGCGUCCUCCUCCUCUUCCCUGCAUCCAGUGGCGACGGAGACCACGGAGACGGAGACUGGGACAGACUUCGGGCUGGUGGGAUUCGCAUGGUCUGACGUUCCAAGAGCUGAGGAAGAGGAAGACGAGGAGGAAGACGAGGAGACAGGACUUUCUCAACUGGACCUUUUGACCCUGAAUCCCACUGUGCCCGAAGUGGGCUUGGCCCCAACUCGAGGGCCCCUGCAGCCAGCUGUGGAGACAGAGGAAGAAUCCGAGGACUUCAAGAAUCCGAGGCUCCUCCCCCAUACCACAGACUUCUCCUGGGACUUGCUGGGACUUACCACGCCAACGAUGGCUCCGGGAUCAGAGGUUAGAGGAGGCGGAGUCACAGAGCUCCACCUGACAGAGGCUCACCUAGACGAACUGCUGAAGGCCCAACAGGUGGUGUGUGUGGACUGGAGUGAGUUAGCGGGCCGUGGCUACGUCUUCCUAAAUAUCAGCCACAACAUGAACUGCGAGGAGUUCCGUGCAGACCAGGGAGUGAGGCUACUGGAUUUGAUGGAGCGUGUGUUCGCUCGCAGGCUCAGCAGCCCUGAAGAAUCCUGGGUGUUAUACCUCAGCAAACCGAACCACCACCAGCCCCAGCUGCUCAUGAACGUGGCCUCCAACCACGGUGUGAUCGCUACUAAAGAGGUGCUUCAGAUGCUGGGAGAGGUUCGAAAGAGUUUAAUCCAGCUUGGUGUGUUGGAGUUCGGGGCAGCCAGCAGCUGUGCAGUACAGCCAGCUGCCAGCAGAGGGGACUACAGCAAGCUGCUGGUAGUCCUACUGAUCAUUGGCUCAGUCUGCCUGCUCAUCAUCUCCUCCGGCCUGGGAUACAUCUGCUGGCAGAGACGGCUCCUGGCCUCAAAGACAAUGUCUCGAGCCGAGGAGCUUCAUUUUGUGGAGAACGGUUGCCAUGACAACCCUACCCUGGACGUGACCAAUGACAGCCAGCCUGAGAUGCAGGAGAAGAAGGCGAGCACCAAUGGGCUGGCGGGGAGCCGUGAAGGGGGCGAGGCCGACAGCAGCCGCUGGCAGGUUUUCGUUAACCAAGCAGGAUGUGAGGAGGAGGAAGAGGAGCAAGACACCCAUCUCUGAUAGACAGAGGAAGAGGAAGAGAGGGAGGAGGAAGAGCAAGAGAGGGAGGAUGAAAUGGGGGACGUCUCAUAUCAGUAAAAAAUAUUUGAACACAAGAGAAGGAAGAGAGACGAUGAAUAAUAGACGGAUGUGUCUCCCAAUCACAACUGAACCAAGCUGGUCAUGAGGAGGAGUCACUGACAUCACAGGAAGUCAUUGUCGCAGAGGUUCUAUCAAAGUUAAAGUAGAGUGUAGUGCCUAAAGCACAUUUUUAAUUGUUUGAACUUUUAGCAUCCAACAUAGACUUGAGUCCCUUUGAGGCGAGUGUAAAAACACAACCCCGCCUCAUGCAUGCUCUCUGUGCUUUGCUCUGUUAAAACCUUACGAUUGUAGUUCUUGUUUGGGUCACGCUACAAAUGUGAUGCAAAAUGUGCGCUCCGUGUGCUUUGGGCUCAGGUCUCAGAGUGUUUACAUUGAAGGAAAGAGUGCCUAACAGGUGGGUUGGUGGUUAACGACAACACAUGGGAACGUUCCCAUUGGUUAACUGGUUUUGUGAGGUGUCAACCUUGAAGCAUCUGCAUUGGAAGUGUGCUGUCCUCAACUCUCAGACGGGUUUGGACCUGACACCUCAUCAUCGCCGAGACCGCCUGGGGGUGACACCAACUCCUCCUCCCACAUCUUCGACCAAUCAUUUGGCCCCUGGCCUCCGGGAGCGACUCUGCGUGGUCCUUUUACUGCUGGCGCUGAAAGUGUCUUGAAGGAGCCGGCCCUCCACCUCCAAUGCCCUCUCUGACCGCUAUAUUAAACCCAGGAAGCCUUUUGAUGCUUCUUUAAUAAUGUUGGCAUGGCAACUGCAUUCAGCUGGUGACCUCUAAAGUGGAGUCACAUGUCAUCCGUACCAUUCGGCCCCACUCUCUGCAUCCAGGCGUCCACACUGCCCACCCGCCCAGGCCCUUCAAAUGUCCUGAUCGGUACUAUAGCCCAGCCAUGCAGCUAAGUGAUGCUAUGCUACGUACUUUAGCCCGGCCAUGACGCUACGUGUUGCUACUCAAUGCCACAUGCUACAUCACACAGUGUAGCAUCACUAUGCUACACUGUGUGCUGUAGCAGGGCCAAGUAGCUAUUAUAUGUUACGCUGCGGGCUAUAGCCGCCGGCCAUUUAGAUACACAAUGCUAUGCUUGGUGCUAAAGCUGGGCCAUGUAGCUACAAUUUGCUACGCUAUGCAAGCUGUACGUAUGCCACCCACUUUACUGGUCAUCGGUUUAAAGGCUGCUAGUAUUGACAAUACGUAUUUACCGGCCUUGUGGUACACGUCAAAUAGUGAGGCUACCUUUUUAUUUUGCUUCGAUUACGCUUAAUGUUCUGAGGAGAGAUAGCCUGCUGUUUCUGGGGAUGGAGUGUAACCUUAAAAAGAACCCAGUUUAUGGUUUGCCAAGCAACUUUUGGUCUCGUUCUCUGCUCAAUGCAGAGCCUAAUCUGAUUGUAUGUUCCUGUCCAGGGCCUAGAAGUGCUUCUUCGUGUGCAGGUGGCUUCAUUACACUCAACUGGACUCUGGAGGCUGACCCGGUUCCGUUUUCUAUUUAGCACAAAUGUUAUGGUCCAGCAAUGUCGAUUAAAUCAGAGAUCAAUGUAGCAAGACAAGCGUUGCAGUCGUCAGCUUACCCAAUGUAUAAAACCAGGAACAUACUAUGUUUAUUUUUGUCUGAAGCAACAUUUUCACAAAGGUUUCUUUCACGCGCUUGCAAAUUAUCGAUGUGCAAAGUGAACCAACAAAUUACUCUGAACUAAUCGUAGCCUAUUCAGCUUGUGUUGAGUUCAAACCCAUGGAGAGUCCUGCAGCCGGACUCCAGUGCUCUGCAUGACCCAAACAACCGCCGAUGGACUACAGGCCGGUGCAGCAACCGAUGAUCUGCUCGCUGUGGCCUCUUAGCGUUUUUAGCAAUGCCUGAUGUCGUGCACGUGUUUCCGAGCUUAACCUUUCGAUCACCCCAACAUGUAUCUGCAUAAUGGCCUUCCGCUCAUUGGCUGUCCGAUGAGAUUAUCGCCAUGGUUACCCAAACUUAUUUUAAAUUGAUUUCAUAGUUCAUUUUUUUUAAAUACAUGCAUCAUCUGCUUUUGUCCAGGUAAUAAGUUAAACAUGACAAAUAUAUAUCAGAAACCUAGUUGUGUUUGCUCAUUACUGGAAGAGAAUGUUUUCAUUGAAAGUUUUGUAAGUUG